AUGUCGAUGAAUUUCGCUUGCAAAUUAGCUCGCAAUACUGAUCGCCUUAUUGGCCGUUUAAUCUUUGUACUUCGACAACGAUCGAAGCAAACAAAUCCAGUCAUUAAGACUGUUGAUGGUUGGAGAUCAAGAAUAAAAUAUUCUUAUGGCUUGCCUUCGAUCUCCGCUUGUUCAUUCCCAGCUCGUACCGUCCCGUGGCUAUCGACAGCUGCACUUGGACUUUUCCUUUUAACUGUCAACGAUGGCGAUCAGUUAUCCAUCAUACCUUGCAGCAAGACUGACUCGGGUGAAAUUAUCAAGCUCUGCUAUGCUGCAAAGGUCAAUGAUAUUACAAUAUUGAAAAGGCUGAUUCAAAAUGGGACUGAUGUCAAUCAGCGCCAUCCUUUAGGCUGGACUGCUCUUCAAUGUGCAACUGCUAAUGGUUGCCAAGAGGCUGUAAAGGUGCUACUUGAUGCUGGAGCCGAUGUCGAUGCUGGUGAUUUCUAUUCAACACCAUUCCGUAUAGCUCAGCAAAAGGGCAUCGAUGUUUAUUCAGUAAUUCAAAAAAGAGAAGCUGAAUUCAAUAGCAGUUUAAGACCCAACUAUGAUUGCAGAGGAUUUACUGCAUUGCAUUAUGCCGUUUUAUUUCGCAAAACUCAAAUUAUUGAAAUAUUACUGGAAGCAGGUGCUGCGCCGAACUUGAAGAGUCAAAUGGGACAUUUGCCGGUCGAGUAUACCGAUGAUGAAGAAAUUAUCGAAACGCUGAAAAAUGCUGAAGUGAAGUAUCGAGCACAGAAAUUGAAGGAAGCUGCUGUCGAACGCAAACGAUACCCUUUGGAAAAACGUAUUAAAGAGCAAAUUAUUGGACAAGAAUUACCUAUUGCUGCAGUUGCUUCUGCAAUUCGCCGAAAAGAGAAUGGUUGGCAUAACGAAGAUCGCCCGAUGGUAUUUCUUUUUCUUGGCUCAUCAGGAAUAGGAAAGACUGAACUCGCAAAGCAAGUUGCAAAAUAUAUUCACAAGGAUUUAGAAAACGUAGCAAAAAUGAUUGGUUCACCUCCAGGAUAUAUUGGUCAUGACGAAGGUGGUCAAUUAACAAAACGUUUAAAGAAGUGUUCCAACGCUGUUGUUUUACUCGAUGAGGUUGAUAAAGCACAUCCUGACGUAUUGACAAUUUUACUUCAAUUGUUUGAUGAGGGGCGGCUUACUGACGGGAAAGGUAAAACUAUAGACUGUAAAGACGCUAUAUUUAUAAUGACGUGCAACCUCGGCAAUGCCGAAAUUGCAAAUUAUGCAAUGGAAUUGAGAAAAAAAGCCAAAGAAUUAGCUAUCGAAAGAAAGAAAUCAGAUGCUGAAAUUAGCGAUUUAGAAGAUAAAAUUACCCUGUCUAAAAGUUUUUGCGAUAAAGUCAUAAAGCCAAUUUUAAAAAGUCAUUUUAGGCGCGAUGAAUUUCUUGGAAGAAUUAACGAAAUACUAUAUUUUCUACCGUUUUCUCGAUCUGAACUAUUACUACUGGUUAACAAGGAAUUAUGCUAUUGGUCGAAAAUUGCAAAGCAUAGACACAAUAUUAAUUUAACUUGGGACAAAGAAGUUCUCGAGGUUAUUGCGGACGGAUAUGACGUUUAUUAUGGCGCUAGAUCGAUUAAAUAUGAGACCGAAAAACGUAUCAUUAAUCAAUUAGCGGCUGCUCAUGAGCGUGAUUUGAUUCAACCUAACUGCGACAUUCAUGUUGCUGUAACCCACAACAAGAAAAAUCAAGAACAAAAGAUAACCCUAGAAAUGCUGAAAGAAGGGAAUCGGAAAGAGCAUAUAAAGCUGGAAGAUUCUGAUACUCAACUUACAACAGCAGCAAGCUUAUUGCGCUGA